CCACUUUGCGAGUUUUGCUAGACUCGACAAUUCUUCUCGCCCUCGGCUUCUUUUUCGGGUGGCAAACGACGAACAAGAAGCAGCGACAGCUACACCACGACCAUGUCCCCUGCAGACUCAACCACAGCGCCACGGCGGCACGUCGCCAUCAUCGGCGGCGGCAUCAUCGGCGCGUCCACGCUCUACUACCUCUCGCACGCCUCGUCUUCUUCCGACGCAGCAGGCCCGCUGCGUGCGACACUCAUCGAAGAGGCGCCGGCCGUCGCGCCGGGCGCCUCUGGCAAGUCUGGCGGCUUCCUCGCCCUCGACUGGCACGGCGCCGCCACGUCGUCGCUGGCCGCGCUGAGUUUCGACCUGCACCGCCAGCUGGCGCAGGAGCACGGCGGCGAGGCGCGCUGGGGCUACCGCCUCGUCGACACGCUCAGCCUCUCGUUUGAUAAUGGCGGCAAGGCGCGGCGUAACAAUAGCAAAGCGCACGUGCCAAAGGACCUCGACUGGCUCGACACGGAGCACGUCACGAGCUCGAGCAGCAUGGGCGGCGGCGGCACGACGGCCCAGGUGACGCCCGAGCCGCUGGUGCGGCACCUCGUCGAGUGCGCAACGCAAAAGAGCGGCUUUGACACGCGGCUGGCCACGCGCGCCGAGCGGGUGCUUCUCAGCGAUGCAGGCCGAGUCGAGGGCCUCGUCGUCAAGGGUGCAGAUGGCAAAGAAGAGACACUGAGCGACGUGACGGACGUCGUCGUUGCCGCCGGGCCCUGGACCGGCUCGCUGCUCAAGAGUCUCCUCCCCAAGUCCGCAUCGCCGCUCCUCUCCUUCAUCUCCUCUGCACGCCACAUCGGUGGCUCGCGCGCCCACAGCGUCGUCAUCCGCUCCUCGAAACCAACCUCAGCAACCUGCCUCUUCACCGAGAUGCGCUACGGUAAAAAAGCAGGUGCGCCCGAGGUCUACUGCCGCGAGGACGGCACCGUGUACGCCUGUGGCGGGUCCGACAAUGUGCCGCUUCCCGCGCGCGCGGCCGAUGUUGCCUACGACGCCAAGCUCACGGCUGCCAUUGUGGAGCAGUGCGCCGCGCUGAGCCCCUCGCACCUCGACACGAUAGCUGCUGCUGCCUCUGCGCCCGCGACGCUGGAGCGCGAGCAGGCCUGCUACCUGCCCGUGCAGAGCGGCUACGGCAGCGGCGCACCGACCAUCGCGGGCGACCGCGAGCGCGGUCUCUACGUCGGCGCAGGCCACAGCUGCUGGGGCAUCACAUUGGGCCCCGGCACCGGCUUUGUCCUCGCCGAGCUCAUCCAGGGAAAGAAACCGAGCGCAGACCUGUCCUCGCUCGGCUGAGCAUCUGUCUAGCAGUACCACCACCACCACCACCUUGUAAUGCAUUCCCAUCCGUGUCGUAAUAGAAAUCAGCCUGUCCUUUUCUUAUCAUCAUCCUCUCAACAUGACAUUGCAGAGCGGCAGCGUGACAAAAGAGGCUAUUCUUCCCCCUUACGACUCCCAGCCCGGCACCUUGAAGGCCUGGGCAUAGGCAAAGUAAUUUUUCAUCAGCCGCAAGAUGGGCUCGGGUGGGUUCAUCGAGACGAGGGUAAAGUUGACCUUUGCCAGGCCCACGUCGCCGAUGAGGUUGUAGAGGUGGUGGGCGACGGCGCCCGGGAACUGGUGGAAAAAGCGAGUCAGCCAAGGAAUCUCACACACACUGGAGAGAGAACAUAAC